AUGUUCGCUCCAAGGGUCUUGCAAGCGGCCAGGUCCUCCAUACCGAUCAACAAAAGAUGCUUCUCUGCAGCCAUAACCUCGCGACAGAAGCCCGUCGAUCUGAGUCGGGAGCUUUAUCACCGCAGUCCCGGCCACCCGUUCCACCCUCCAAUGGUAAUGGCACAAUGGGAUACACAUCAAGAGAUGAAGGCUGGAAAUUCGAUAUUCCGCACUGCUUCCUAUUUCGUAUCGUUCAGUGAUCAUGCCGGCACACAUGUCGACGCUCCCAAGCAUUUCAGCGCUGAACCUGGCGCCAAGUCAAUCGAUGAGAUGCCCCUCGAGACCUUUUAUACCGACGCUAUAUGCCUGGACCUAUCCCAUGUUGAGUUGGGCGCCGCCAUUUCGGUCAAUGAGAUGGAGGCCGCUCUUUUCAAUUCUGGGCAGGAAAUUCGUGCUGGUGACACUGUGCUGUUAUACAUGGCCUAUAACAAGCGCGUUCAUUUUGAUGACCCGAGAUGGCAACAUAUCUUCCCCGGACUCGAUCUUGAGUCAGUUCACUGGCUUGCAGAUAGAGGAUGCAAGGUGUUCGGCGUUGAAGCUGUCAGUCCUGCUCCCGAAGGCGAGCUCAAUUUCCAAGCACACAAUGCAUGUGCCGAGAGAGGUAUUACACACAUUGAGGGCUUGGAUAACGUCGAGUCAGUCGUUGGUAAGGGUCGCUUUAAGUUCAUUGGCUUUCCUCUAAAGCUCAGAGGUGGUAGUGGCGGUCCUAUGCGUGCUGUUGCUGUGCUGGAUGAGUAGUGGAAGAUGUUACAUGAACGAUGUAUAUUUGUCAAAGACAUCAAGAAACACCAUCAAAUGGCUACUAGGCUUGGUCGAGAGGUAGCUACGCCUUCUAUUUUUUUUCAAGAGAAUUUAUCAC